CCACCACUAAACAUCUCUCUAUUUAUCUCUCUACACUUGCAAGAAAGUCGCAAAAUUUUAUAGAGAUUUCUUUUCCAUAAAUGGAAAGUAAUAAACCUCCAAGACACGGCGGAGGAACGAUGGUAGCCACCACCAAACCCUCCAGAUUUAACCGGAUCUGUGUCUUCUGUGGAAGUAGCUCCGGCAAGAACCCCAUCUACCACCAUGCCGCCAUCCAACUCGGCAACCAAUUGGUUGAAAGGAGGAUUGAUUUGGUAUACGGUGGAGGAAGCAUCGGGUUGAUGGGUCUUGUUUCUAAAGCCGUUUUCGAUGGUGGUUGCCAUGUCAUAGGGGUGAUACCCAAAGUGUUGAUGCCAAAAGAGAUCAUCGGAGAAACCAUCGGUGAAGUUAAACCAGUGUUGAACAUGCAUCAAAGGAAAGCUGAGAUGGCACGCCAAGCUGAUGCUUUUAUAGCAUUGCCAGGUGGCUAUGGUACACUUGAGGAACUUCUUGAAGUAAUUACAUGGGCACAACUUGGAAUCCACCAAAAACCGGUAGGAUUGUUGAAUGUAGACGGAUACUACAACUCCUUGUUGUCUUUCAUAGACAAGGCUGUUGAUGAAGGUUUCGUCACCCCUGCUGCCCGUAGGAUUAUCGUUUCUGCCCAAACUGCCCAUGAACUAUUGUCCAAGCUUGAGGAAUACGACCCAGAGCAGAAUGUGAUGGAAGUUAAACUGAGUUGGGAAAUGGAGCAACAAUUGGGUUAUACUGCAAAGUCAGAGAUUGCACGUUGACUUAAUCUCAUCCCUACAACUUCCAACUGAAAACCAUUGACAACUGUUAGAUUGAGUAGACCACCAUAAGUUUGUUAUGAUAUAUAACAUAGGAUCUUAACUCUCCUUGACUUUGAGGGAGGGUGUGUGGAUUUGUUUACUUCCAUGUAUAUUUUGAUUGUACCGAGUGUACUUAUUGGUAGGAAAACAGAAAAAAGUAAUAUUGUGUUUUAUAUAGUUUUGUUAAUUACAUAAUUAAACUAAAAUAUUUAUUUAUUUCCUAUCUUG